CUACUCAAUCCAGCCCAUCAUUAAUUAAAGUGAUUAUUCAUGUGGUAGCUACAUUUUCUUGGAGCAGUGCUUUCCACUUUACCCAGGAUGACCAGUCCUCCCAGUAUCAAUUGUAGUUCAAGCAUAGAUGACAUCAGCAGAAGAGUGCAGGAUUUGGUAGAAAAGAUUAACGACAGCCGCACCAGUGACCAGAACGUGAUGGACAGCUUUCAGGAGAAGUUCACGGAGAAGGUGACACAGAUGUGCCAGCAGAUGAAGGAUCACAUGUACACGGUUUAUGAAGAGAACGGUAAUGAGAUGCAGGUGAAGCUGCAGGAGUUGUCAAAGGUGCUGGAGAGCUGCAGUAAGCUCAACAAGGAGCUCAUGGAAGCCAGCCGGGCGCUGGCAGGGCUCAGAGAGGGCCUGGCCAUCAGCCAGACAUCGGAGCCCUGACACACUAGUUAUUAUUCUGAUGUGCACACUGUU